CAAAAACCGCAACCAGUUUUUUUUAUAUGAACUUCAGCAUAUCACGAGUUGGGGAUAGGUAGAUAUAGGAGUUCGACAGCGCCGGGAAGUUAGUGUAACCAAGUUUUUCUAGCUUCUUCGCAUCUUCUCCUGAAAAAUGUCCACCGCAAUGGUAUCAGCCUUUUACGAUGUUGGAGAUAUGCUGUUUAGUCAUAAGAAUGUGUCGUCAUUGAUACAUGCCAAAACGCAGCUGAGAGGGGACACUCGGGCCGUAGGAACUCCUAUAAAUGGAUCAAAUGGUGCACAUCUUCUUCGAAGGCAUUCCACGAGUGCAACCACUGGGUCAACAAGUCCAAUAAGCACCAACCACCUCAAUGGAAAUUCCUUGUUCACACAACAGUUGGAAGCUGUAUACAACAAGGAAAAUCUCAACAACAAACCAAGGGACCGGGCUCUGAGUGAGAGCGAUCGCAAUAACCAAACCCGCAAUCAGAACUCGAGUCGGUAUAAAACGGAGUUAUGCAGGCCUUAUGAAGAGAAUGGCACCUGUAAAUACGGGGACAAAUGCCAAUUUGCUCAUGGUAUCCAUGAACUUCGAGUCUUGUCACGACAUCCCAAGUACAAGACAGAGUUAUGCCGUACCUUCCACACUGUUGGAUUCUGCCCGUAUGGACCUAGGUGUCAUUUCAUCCACAAUCCUGAUGAGAGGAAAUUAUCAUCGCCUGGUCCAUCAAGCAAAUCUAGCCGUGAGCGUACAAUCGAGAGGCCCAAGCUCCUGCACUUCCCCAGUGCACCCCUUGGUUCAGCAGGUGGUGAUCUGACACCACCACCCAUGUCCAUGUGCGAUAGCCCUCUUCCUCUCACACCACCACCAGCAAUAGAUCUUCUUAGUCAAGAUGAGUUACUUGCCACGCUUACCAACAAUGCUAUGACUUUGAGUCAGAUGCAGCAUGAUGUAGGACCACUUCUCUCUCCUUCUGCAUUAUCUCCUACCAGUCUGCAAAAUGCCUUCACUGCUGCUCCAUCUUCCCCUUUCAUCCCACUUCAACCAAUCAAUGAUGAUUUGGAGCAACUCGCAGUGCUACGUCUAGCCAGUAAACAAGGAAGUAAUAGUGUGUUCUUCCCAGUAGAUGAGCCUGUUGUAACCAACAACUUCAGACCACCAUCACCACCUGAAUCCUUGUCUGAUCCUGAAUCUUUAGCAGACACUAACAUGACCUCAACAUCUCCUACAGCUAGUCCGGUGGGGGCUAGGCUUGGACGCUUACCCAUCUUCAGAGGCAUUUCCCAAGAAGACCAACGUUUCUAAAAUUCUUUCCAACCCAGACAAGGAGAUAACCUUGCUAAAAAAUCACACAAAUGAAGUCUAGAUCUCUCAUUAAUUUAUCAUGGACAUCAUUUGUUUUUGUUCUUUUGUGGACAGGCAAACAUUUUGUAUGAUCUCCUAAUUAUAUAUUAUGAAAACCUCAUUUUGUGAAAAAAAAGCUGUUCAAAUAUUUUAUUGAUGUACAUGUAGAUUCUAAUGGAUGCAUCUAAAGUUUCUAGAAUUAUUUAUAUAUCGACUAUUUGGUCCAUUCCUGGCAAUUUUGCUCAGAGGGAUCUUGUGCUUAUUCUUUUUUAUUAUUUUCUUCUGUGCAGUAUUUUAUCUGCCAGGUUAUAUACUCUUUGUGUUCAACAUGACUAUUUAUAGUCUUAUGUUUGUGUGGCAAUUCCUUUAUAUAAAAAAAUCAAUUUAUGUUAUAUGUUUUGUCUGUGUAUCAUUUAUUCCAGCCUGUUUUUUGACUACAGCAAAUAGUGAACACUACAUAUGUAUUUAAGUUAUCUUGUAAUAUUUAUUUUCAAAUUGAUUAAACAAAAGUGCAGUCUGUUUGGAUGAAUUUAUCAUCAUGUUGAAAAGAAUUCUUAUUUAUCAGGUUAUUUUAAAAGAUUGAUUAGUAUAUGUUUAUAUCAUUCAAGCAUCUAACUUAUCAAUGUGCUUCAUUCUGAUUUAACAAUGAAUUGAAUGAUUUUCUGUUUUUUCUUUGUAGCCAUGUUGAUUUGCGUGGAUUAGUACUUAGUGUCAGCACUGGUUAAUGCCCUGCUGGAGGUACUGGUCAGGACCAGCAGCUUCAUAUAUCCAUUUGUGUCAUGUUUUUCUGUGCCAAUAUACCUAUUUAGCUUAUGUACAGUGUGGUCACCUGUACUAAAGUUAAACGGGGUUGUAGUUUUACCUUAUAUAGACCUGUAUUUAGUAAUUUAUUGUCAAACCACCUAACUUAACAAGGAAAAAACAGUGCAAGAGACUUGUUUAAUAACGAAAUGCAGCCCUUUAUCUUAUUUAUUGUCGAAGUUUCAUUAUUAAACUAUCAGCUUUAUGAUAGUAUUAAUAUAUUUGUGAAUAUAGUACUUGUUGUGCAUAGACUCUUAUGUAAUUGAUUUAUUUAACACUGCCUCGUAGGUUUCAUAUUGUCACUAUUCAAUCUGGAAUAAUCCCUGCAAAAUGAACUCAUUGAUAUCUAGUUACAAUUUAUUAUUUAUCACAUUAAGACUCCUGGUAACCGACACUGUACAGAAAAAAAAAGAUCUCCAUUGAAAUCUACUUAAAGGUUGUUAUUUUUAGUGCUGAUUGAAAUGCACUCUGCUGUUAUGCAUAUAUGCUAACUUGCCUUAUAAAACUUAGCAAUUUUGAACUGUAGCCUUACCAUGUAACUGGGUUUAUACUUCCAUGCGUUCAUUCUCUCUUGUUAUCUCCCCGCACUCUUGGGUUUCAGGAAGUCAAAGCAUGAAUCAAUUACAGUAUGUCUGUUGGUGUUUGGGUUAGACUUCUGGGCCAGGCUCUUGCUCAUAACUCCUGGUGUAAUCUUUUUAGUCAAGUUAUAUGGAUUUUUCAAUUUGUUGUAUUCGUCUUGGAGUUAUUGCAAGCAUAGUAAUCUGCCCAUGAACCAAAAUCAAUAGGAUUUCUUUUUUUCCAAGAAAUAUUAAUUGUUCAAUGUUCAAUACUGUUUUUAUGAUAUAAACUAUUCUCAUUUGAUGAUUGGAUAUCUACAAAUGUUUGAUUAUGUUCAAACGAAAGACAAUGUUUGACACAUUUUUGUCAUUUUCUCUGGUUUGCCUAAUCUAUGCAAUAUGAGUAAAACCAUGUGAUGUAAUUAAUCUUCCAUAAUAGAUUGAAAGCACAAAUGUCUUCCAUGAAACACCGAGCUCAUUUUCUAGCUCAUUUCUAUAUUUUUGUUUGAAAUGGUGCUAAUUGGCCGAUUUUGUGAGAAAUUGAUUGAAAAGAAAAACUUGAAACCAAGUGCCUCAAGGUCGUAAGAAUGACUCGAUAAAUGGAUUUUAUUUUUCUUUCUCUAGUUAAAUCUUUAACAAACCGUCAGUAAUUAGAAUAUUGGGUGAAGACAAAGUUAAUAUUUAGCUUUGUUCAUUUUGUGUGGAUUUCUGAGCUAGGAGCCGUUUGGUUAUUUAACAUGAGAAAAAUCGUGCUUGUUUAUCUUGGCUGUGCCAUUUAAUUCUAUUUUCUUGUACAGUAUAGAUAUUGUAAUUUAUUGUAAAAUGUUGGGCUCGCCCUUCUCAAAAGUUUUGACAACUCAAAAAGUUGAACAACAACGUUUCAUAAACAGUUUGCAACCUCCAUUGAGGAGAACUAGUGCAACGAAGUAUUUUUCACACCUCAAUGCUUAAUCACUCUAUCAUCAAGAUUUGUUUGUAUCUUUUAAGAAAACAAAAAGUGCCUUGCCUUCCGUCUUAAGUAAUUCAUUCAAAGAGAUUCCUAUUUCAAAUUGUUCCAUUAAAUUUCUCAAUCCUAAUGUUUACUCAUGUCACUUCGUCCAGUGCUUCAUGUAUUUGAGAACUGGUCGUUGGAGAAAUGUUUGAGUUUGCAAGAGUUGUUAAUGUAUUAUUUAAUUUUAUUAAUAAAACUGAAGAAAA